AUGAACACCGCCUCGGACUCUGUGGAGUCGCAUGCCAUCCAGGACGAGAUCAACGAUCUAGAGAAGCGACUGCAAAGUGCGAAAGCACGUCUGAACGGCUCGUCGAUUAGCCAAAAGUCUUCAGCAGAUGUACCAAGAGUACCGGCAAGUGAUGGGCCGUUAAAUGCUUCACCUCAGCACUUCCUACUGCUGCUCUCAGAUUCUGCUCUUCCUCUUGGCUCAUUUGCUUUCAGCAGCGGUCUCGAAUCAUAUGUUGCGCACACGCGUCCAAAAUCCUCAUUUCCCGCGUUUCUCGACCUUUCUCUCAGCUCUUAUGCCUCAAGUACUCUACCAUAUGUCCUCGCCGCGUACAGGAGUCCGGCCGAUCUGGUAGAGCUCGAUGAUAAUCUAGACGCGGCUAUAAUGUGUACAGUUGGUCGCAGGGCGUCUGUGGCGCAAGGACGAGCAUUGUUGUCAAUAUGGGAUCGAUCUUUUGCAACUGCUCUCCCCUCAGGGGUCCCGACUGAAAUAAUAACGACGCUGAAGGAGUUUGCCAUCCUUCUACGGGCGACAUCUUCCGUUGCUUCUAAUGAGUUACCUACUGCAUCGGCUCAUCUGGGCCCUCUGUUCGGCGCGAUCGCGUCCAUCUUAGGAAUAAGCUUGCAGCAAACAGCGUACGUUUUCAUGUUAAGCCAUGUCAAAGGUCUGCUUUCUGCCGCUGUUAGAGCGAGUAUCUUCGGGCCAUAUCACGCGCAGAAAGUGUUGGCUAGCAAGGAGGUUCAAUACGGUAUUAAACGAGCGAUUGACCGAGAGUGGAAUACGAAAACUGAAGACGCAGGCCAGAGCGUACCGGUAAUGGACCUUUGGAUCGGAAGACAUGAGAUGCUAUACUCAAGAAUCUUCAACAGCUGA